UUUAUCAGCAUCUUUUGUAAAACACUUUCCCACCCCCCGUUCUGUUUUCAAUUUCUAGACUAGGAAGAUGGGUGUGAUAAGUUUUGCUCAAGAGUAUGAAUCACCAAUUGAUCCUGGUAGAUUAUUCAAGGCCUUGAUAGUUGACUCGCAUAAUCUAUGCCCAAAGCUCAUGUCUCAGUCCAUUAAUAGCAUUGAAAUCAUUGAAGGAGACGGAGAUGUUGGAAGUAUCAUGCAAAUUAAUUUUGCUCAAGGUAUUCAUUUCAAACAUGCAAAGCUCCGGAUGGAUGAGCUAGACACGAAGAAUUACUGGUGCAAGUACACUAUAGUUGAAGGAGAUGUGUUGGGAGAGAAGCUCAAAUCCAUUAAGUACGAGGUGAAGUUUGUAGCUGAUGAGCAUGGAGGCUGCAUUUGUAAGAUGUUGAGUGAGUAUUAUUCAGAUCAAGAAAUUGAGUUCAAGGAUGAGGACAUAGAGUUUGGCAAAGAAAGAGCAACAGAGAUGUACAAAGUAGUGGAAGCUUACCUCCUGACAAAUCCUCAUACCUAUGUUUAAUUAAUAUUGCUAUAACAAAUCCUCAUGUUAUGCUUUCUCAACAGACGUCUGAAUAUCCUACUGUAUGUUUGAAUGAUCUUUUAUUGAAAUUACACUGCUAGGUUUUAAUAACUGAAGUAUUCAAAAAA